GCAUCUUCUCAGCCCCACAACCAGGUCCCAGGCUGACCUCAAACGCUCAACAUGCCAUUACCCAUUAUUGCGGAGUUUCUGUGGAAGGGCAUUCCCAGUUUUCCGAAUGGUUGGACCAUUCUCAAAGUGGUGCUCGCCAUUGCAGUCGUGGCCCUGAUUAAAUGGUCCUCCAAAGGAGCCUCCAAUACCUCGGAGCGGCAGAUGCAUGGGAAGAUUGUAAUGAUUACAGGAGGCACAUCUGGAAUAGGUGCAGCUACAGCUCUCGGUCUUGCAGAACGAGGCGCACAGCUUGUGCUCCUCGUCCACCAGUCACCAAAGGACAUUUUCCUCGUCGACUACAUCGAAGACUUACGAGAACGAAGCGGGAACGAACUGAUAUACGCGGAACAAGUCGACCUAUCAUCCUUAUACAGCAUACGUCAAUUCGCCACGAAGUGGAUUGACAAUGCUCCCCCUCGAAGGCUUGACAUGAUCAUACUUUGCGGGUCGACCCUCACACCACCUGGGAAGCCACGAGUGUUGACCGAUGAGGGUAUAGAAGAGACAUGGAUGGUCAACUAUCUUGCGAAUUUCCACCUCCUCAGCAUACUGAGCCCAGCAAUUCGUGCACAACCUCCAGACCGCGAUAUUCGAAUCAUAUUUGCGCACUGCUCUUCCUACAUCAGGUCUCCACCCAUCGAAGAUGGCAGUGAGGCCAUGAAGAAGAAAGAGUGGACGCCAUCAAAAGCAUAUGCAAGGAGCAAGUUGGCGUUGACGAUAUUUGGGCAGGCUUUUCAGAAGCAUUUAGAUGCUUACAAGAGACCUGAUGGCCUUCCUAUGAAUGCCCGUGUUAUAUUUGUGGACCCUGGGUAUUCAAGGACUCCGGGGAUGCGGAGAUGGCUUACGCGAGGAACCCUCUGGGGCUUGGGAGUAUAUUUAAUUUUGUGGCAAAACGCUUGGUUAUUCCUGAAGAGCUCCGAAGGGGGUGCCCAGAGCUUUCUCUACGCCGCGAUGGAAGCUACACUUGGUCGUGGCGCUGGAGGAAAGAUGAUCAAGGAAUGCCAAGAAGUGAACUACGCAAGGGCUGAUGUCAAAGAUGAAAAAAGUGCGAAGAAGUUAUGGGAGAGUAGCGAAAAGCUUAUCGAACGUGUUGAGCGGGAGGAAGCUGUGAAGAGAGCGUUGCAGAAGAAAGAAAAGGAGGAAUUAGGCAAAAGCCAAGCACCGAAAGUACAAGCCAGUGCUACCAGUGCCACAGAUACAAAAAAAGGGGAAAUGAAACGACGGAACGAAAAUAUGAGGAGCAUAGCGCAGGCGUUAAUCAUAGAAGCUUUGGCCGUUGUCCGACCGAUUACGAUAAUGAAAUUUUUAAGAGAUUCGAAUUUCAUCUGGCAACGGGAUUCAAUAAAACAGUGGGAGGCGGAAGUCGUAUAAGCAGUUGCUGUUUGAUUGAUCGAUCGACCAGUCUUCAGUAACGUCAUUUGAACAUCUCAGUCACUGUAUCUUUUCCGAAUAUAGCUCCUUUUCCUUCUUGCUCAGCUUGUCAUUCUGCGAGUACAGAAGUCAGAGAUAAUUGCUCGUCAUAUGGCCCAAGUUUCUAGCUCUCAAUUCCUCCUCCUUCUCCGUAUGCAUCAGCUCCCAACCCAUCAAGCAUGUAGGGGGAGCAGCACUUUAUCUAUAACAAUUAGAGCUCACACCGGCUCAAAUUGCUCUCCUCAAAAAGUUAACGAGUCUAGUGAUUAGCCAAAGGUGGUUAGUCUUGCCAAAGGCUGUUCGCACGGCUUUGCCUCA